UUCAGUGAGCGAGUACGCGCUCGUAUGGAUCUCUCGCUGUUUGUAUUAAUCUCAGCGUUUGCGCCAUAAAGCUGCUGAACGUUUGAAGGACAUUUAAAACAUUUGUGAAGCUGACGUGUUGGUCUGAUAAUAUAUUCUUAAAACUCUUUGUUUGGGAUUGAAUUGAACUUGGUCCAUUGUUGUUGCGUGAGAAACUCAACUUGGCAUUGGAGCUCCCGGGAUCCAAAGGUUGGAGACACAAAGUGUUUGCUGAUAUUUACGCCUGGACCCUGUUGCACAUCUUGGCUUAAAAUGGCGAUGAGUCCCACAUGCUGGAAAGUGUUUUCGUCCUGACUUCUGUCCUGGAUAUACACAGCUUGAGAAAACUUUGACCUAUUGUUUGUGGACAAAAGACUUUGGUUAUUUAGGUUUCUGUGUCAGAGUUCGAAUAACGUCAUCAUGCCUAUUCUGAAACAGCUCGUGUCCACCUCCUCCCAGUCGAAGCGACGGUCUCGUGUCGACCUCACUGCUGAGAUGAUCAGCGCGCCUCUGGGAGAUUUCCGUCACACUAUGCAUGUGGGUCGAGGGGGUGAUGCAUUUGGCGACACCGCCUUUCUUAGCACCCGCACCGGAGAGCCUCCCCGGGAACCUGAGGUUCAGGAGAACUCACCCAAACAGAGCCUACUGUCCAGAACGUUUAGGAGCAGCAAGCGCUCGCAAUCCGUCAAUCGCGACAAACCUGACAAAUCCAAACUUGCACCACCUGGUGGCUCUCCAAGCUAUGUAAAAAACGCCAUUUCGUUGCCUUAUCUAAAUGAAGACCAUGUUGAUCGAAGUGCUGGAUUCAACUUUCCCAAGAGCGUGUCCUCCAGUCCCUUAAAGCAACUUUCAGAAGACAAUAUAAAGCCACUUAACGGUGCUACAGCGUCCCUUGCUUCAGACCUCGAGCUGGACGAAAAGAGCUUCGGCGAGCUGACCGACCUGCGCCCGUCGGUUCCUUACACCGGAGGCAUGAAACACGCAGAGUCCAUAAUGUCUUUCCACAUCGAUCUGGGUCCAUCCAUGCUAGGAGACAUUCUGAGCGUCAUGGAGAAAAAGGGUUGGGACGAGGACGACCUGGGCUUCGAAGAGGGAAAAAGUAGCGAGGGGCGCAGCUCACCUCCCCGGAGCCCUCCCAACGAAGUGGAUGAAGAAGAACCGCUUCCUCCGAUUCGUCCUCCUCGUCUAAUGCCCGGCACCAACCCCUACACUCCAGAGAUCCUUACGAGGAACCAUGAACAUCUAGACAGCUGUUCCGUGUCUAGUUCGGGGUCCACCGUGAUGGAGGACAAACCUCACAAUCAUAUUUAUGAGGAUGGCAGGGUGAAGUACAGCUCGCCUAGAGAUCAAGACGACAGGGACUUCUCGUACAUGGACGACGAGGAUGACGACGAGAUCAGGGUGUAAAGCAAACCACGCGGUGCCAGACGGUCUAUGCAGAGAUAAAAAAUCAAGCGGAUGGCGACGUUUUCAAUUGGUGGAUGUACAAGCUAGCACAAGGACUGAUUUUAUUACGGAGAUGAAAGGGAAGACGUGCAUUUUAGCCCUAGCUAGCCUUAAACUCUCUCUGUUCUUUUUUUUCCAUUUCAGGUACACAAACUCUUUGUUACUAGUGACUUUCACCAGAGCGCCCACAGCUGUGAGAAGAAUGUGCUUGCGCGUUUGUUUGUGUGUGCCGUGGGAUAGGAAUUCCAUUUAAAAUGGCCAUUUUUGUCCCGCGAGUAUCAUUAAUGAAUUCCAGUGUUGACCACUGAGAGUGCUGAUACGAGCGGUAUGUGUGGAACCAAACCUCAUAUUCUCACAUGAUCGUCAGACGCCUUUGCUUAUGCUUCUAAACUAACACCAACAGUCUUAAGUUUUCUGUCUUUUUAUAGUUUCAUCACUACAAGAUGUAUAGCUCACCCAAAAAAUGUAUUUCCAUCUUUACACGCCCCGCAUUUUUCUAAACAUGUAUGACUUUAUUUUUGUAGUGGAACGAGGAGGACAAACUAUCCCUUUAAAUUAGUAAUGUUCACUAAACAUGUGCCAUUUACACAACCUUGCAUUGAUGUGAAUGAUUUGAAUACCAUAAACUCAAAGGUUCUCUCUGUCAUGUGUUACCUUCUUUCCUUUUUAUUGUUUGUGUUGUAGGUCUGGAUUUUGUCAUGUGCUUUAUGUGUCAGAGGAUUUCCUGUCAGGUCACAUGAAAUUCAUGGUCAUGGAGAUGUGUAGAGGGUCAGAUUAAGGUGAUGUUUAAAACUAAAAGGAACAGUGAUGUUGGAUUAUUAUUGUGCAACAGAAAUAAUGAGCAGAUUAAGACUUGUUGGAUUGAAUGGUUUCUUGGCAGUGUUGUGUUUGAGAAAGAGUGAAACAGAUCGUCAAGAGGUUUGUGUAGAAGUGUUAUUCGAGUAUUGUUAUGUAGGCUCAGAGAUAUAAAAGUAUUGCUCUUCUCUUUAGAAUCAAGCAUAGUGUGAUUAUCUUCAAACAGUUCUGAUCUACAGAAGUGGUUUUGGAGGGUUUCAUCUUUUUUAACUUGGCAGAAUUUGGUUUACGAAAAGAGAUCAAAACACUGUGGUGUAAAACCACUAGCCACUUGAAGAGGUAGCGACAACCAAGAUUUAUUAUUAAUCAUAGAUGAUUAAAAUUCAUCCAUUUUCUCAUCAAUUCUACCAUGCAUUUGUACUGCUCUUUAAAUCUGAUGCAUGUCUUUUCUGCACCACCUGGUGGGAUCAAAUGCAAUUGCAAUUUGAUCUGCAAUGAGUUUGGGGGGGCUACCUGUUUAACCAACCAAUAGCAGGGGGAAUGUCGGAAACGUGAAUUAUUUGAAGAAUGAUGUUAGGUUGCGUUAAUGGUGCAGAAAUUACACAUUCACCCGUAGUUAAAGUCUUUAAUAAACAUUCUCAAACAACAAAAGGAAACUAGAUAAGUAUGCUUUCAUGUCAGUGGACAUGUGCAAUUGGGAAAUGGAUUUGGAUCACAUACUUUUAAAGGGACUCGGUUUUAGGAAGCAAUCCACUUAUGCUGUAUAUGUACAUCACGUUCAUUUAUUCAAUUACUGUAUAUUUUAAUCUUUUAGUCAGGAUUUUCGUGCAGUCAAAUCGCUCCUGUAGUCUGGCAUUACAAGCACACUAGGAGCUUCGGCUCAAAUUGGAGACGACCAUUGUCUAAAAUGAGUUCUAUUCCUACCGAGUGAGUUUUGUACGGUACUGUUACACAUUAUACUUUAAUUUGCAUUAUACAUUUGCAUUAGACUCUCUAUGGCCUUAUAUGGUAACGUGGUGGUCUCAGAAGAAAGACUGCAAGCACUACAGUUUACUAUAACCCAUCUGUUUCUGUGUUUUUACUGGUUUGGGAAAUCAGCAUGUUUGUACAAAGGGACAUGUACAGUACAGUUGAGAAAUAUCGACUUGAGUUUCUUGAAUGCUUAGAUAUAGAUGAGUUUGAAAGAGGAUGUGUGGCCUACUAGGAACGUGUGUUACCUUAUAUCCAGGUGAAAUUGUGCAUCGUGCCAUUUUGCUUGAGAGUAGACCAGUUUGCACAAAAUACAGAAAUGUGCCAAUUCUUUUCUUUGUUGCCCUUUUAUUUUUGUUACUUUUAUGGGAUAAGGAAGUGUUCUCGGAGAUAUCAUGCUGCACGAGAGACUGUUGAAGAUGGCCAGAAGCCUGGUUUUGUGGGGGUUAAAAAGAGCUGGAAAGCUUGACUGUAACAGGGUUUGUUAGAGAGGACAAUAGCUCCCUCUACAGGAUCUUUUUUUUCGGAGUAGUCUUAUUCAAGUCAUAAAAUGUGUUACUAAUGUCUAUUCAUUUACAGGGAUAAAAUUAUAACAUCCUUUUGAAUUUUGUAAAUGUUUUCUUUAUUCUAAAAACCACAGUAGUAUAAUAAUUUAUCAAAUCUGUAAUAGAAGAAGUCCUACAGAAAAGGCUAAAAACACUAAAGCUUCAGUAUAAAAAAAUAUCUUUAAUAACAUCAAUUUUUUGUCUGUAUUAUUUUGUUUUGAUAUAAUAUACAUAAUGCUCUGUGUCACCUUUCCCUGCUAAGUAACAGCUAUAUUUUUCAAUAAAACUGACAAACUUCA